GCAGGGGGGCCAGCCCGGAGACUCGGCCGCCGGCCUGGGGCGCCUUCACGCCGUCUCGGAGCGGAGAAUGCUGUGAACAGGCGCCGCGCCGAUCGACCUGGCUGGAUCUGCGCGCAGCGGCUGGAGUUGCGUGCGCUCGCGGGAGGCGUCGGGGCAGCUGCUGGGAUUCUGAGAGGCUUCGGUUUUUCCUUGUGGAAGGAGCUAGAUGAUGUAACCAACUCUCCAGGAAGCACCACUUGGCUGUACCCACAGGAAGGUCUCUUAGACCACAUCUCAUUUCAGAGCCAGUUCUGAAGUCACUUGAGAAAAAUGAUGUGAUGGUUCCUAUCCAACAGGAUUUUUCAGAAACAUACAACAUCUGUGAAGAAAGUGGCCCCCUUUCCCUCUUGUGAAACAGAUAAUUCUCAAAUUCCAAGAUGCCAGCCAAGACCCCAAUUUAUCUGAAAGCAGCCAAUAACAAGAAAGGAAAGAAAUUUAAACUGAGGGACAUUUUGUCUCCUGAUAUGAUCAGUCCUCCCCUUGGAGACUUCCGCCACACCAUUCACAUCGGCAAAGAGGGCCAGCACGACGUUUUUGGAGAUAUUUCUUUCCUUCAGGGGAACUAUGAGCUUUUACCGGGGAACCAGGAGAAAGCAUGCAUGGGCCAGUUCCCUGGGCAUAACGAGUUCUUCCGGGCCAACAGCACUUCAGACUCUAUGUUCUCAGAAACACCCUCUCCAGUGCUCAAAAAUGCCAUCUCCCUCCCGACCAUCGGAGGGUCCCAAGCUCUUAUGCUGCCUCUACUGUCACCAGUGACGUUUAGUUCUAAACAGGAAUCCUUUGGGCCUGCAAAGCUGCCCAGGCUUAGCUGUGAGCCCGUCAUGGAGGAGAAAGGUCAGGAGAAAACCAGUCUGCUGGAGAGAGGGCGAGUCCACCAGGGAGACACCUCGUGGGGCUCUAGUGGUUCUGCAUCUCAGUCCAGCCAGGGCAGGGACAGCCACUCCUCCAGCCUGUCGGAACAGUACUCCGACUGGCCUGCCGAGGACAUGUUUGACCAUCCUGCCCCAUGUGAGCUCGUCAAGGAAAAGACUAAGUCAGAGGAAUCCCUCUCUGAUCUCACAGGGUCCCUCUUCUCCCUGCAGCUCGACUUUGGGCCCUCACUUUUGGAUGAGGUGCUGAACGUCAUGGAUAAAAACAAGUAACAGGAUGCCAGCUCUUCUCCUCUGGGGUAAAAAGCAUCGGACAACAACAAAAGCUAAGCUAGACUAACCACAGUCGUCACACAGUUGAAAGAAGGGCUUCCCGGGCUGUGUUUGCAGUUGUGUGAUGGGUUUUCUAAAGUAAUGUUCCUACAAAAUAUUUUUUUUACCUGUUUGCACAAACAGUUCGGAAAAAAAAUAAUAAAUAAAUAAAAGCGCCCUGGCAAAAAGAGGAAGUGAGUCAGAACCCGUUUUCGGCAGAUCAGCUCACUUUUGUUGUUUUCAGACACGUAAGAAACCUGGCUUGGCUGGCACUGGCACCAGCUGUGAAGGGCUGGACCAGUCACGUUGAGGAACUUUACAGAACUUCACGACACUCCAAUGUUUUCUGAGCAGGAGGAAGUCAAAAUUUAUUUAACACCUAAGCCUUUUUUCUAGACUCUUUUUCUAUCUUAUAUUGUUUGGGCUCACCAUAGCAAAUUCUCCAGUGUUAAAGCUUUUCUCUGUUUUCACAUUUGAACAACUUUGUAGGUUUGGGGGGAUUUUCUUAUAGUUCUUAUGUAUCCCUAUAUGUUUUAUCUAUAUCGCAAAAUUUUGACUGUCAGCUACAUGUUGGUAAGACACAAGCAAAGUAUUACUGUAACUAAGUUAUUUUUAAAGUUAAAAUAUAUUUUUACGUGCCUUUGGCUUUUUAUUGCAGAGUCUACAUUUUAUAGAUAAUCAGAUGUGGUCAUUUGACUUGUUUUCCUUUGGGGUUCCAUUGUAAGCUGUGUAUGUGUGUGUUUGGAAAAGUGUAUUCAUACUUAGCCUUAUUUUUUUUUUUUCUUCAUCUGUUAUCAUACUUCUAACAGCAGCCAAUAAUGGAUUGUAAAGCAUAAAGGCACAGUUUACUUCUGAUGCUUCUGCAGAGACUGUGGGCUACACCACGAAAUGUUCUUUGGAAAUGGGUAUUUUAGCACAGUACAUACUUGCAUUACAUAGGUACUUCAUACAGCACAAUAAAGAGUAAAUGUUAAAGUGAA